CGGGACACUCCUAAUCUGCAGAGGUGACUAUAAGAGGUCCCGUCAGCCCCACCUGGCCUUCAUAGCAAACCUAGCAUAGACCCACACACAGAUCUACUAGAGAGAGCUGUGCUCAGCGCUCACGUCCACUCGUCUGGCUAGCCUUCACUCAAGCAGCCGUUGAGGAGAUUUCAUCAAGGCGACAACACUUCAGAGAGGGAUUGAACGCAUAACCACCUGCACACACAAAAAAACUGCUAACUGCUAACCAUGAAUCUCGAGGUCCCCAAGUUGGAGAUUAAGUCUGCCACCCGUGUCACCGGGGGCCCUGCCACACCACGCAAGGGACCCCCUAAAUUCAAGCAGAGGCAGACUCGCCAGUUCAAGAGCAAGCCCCCCAAGAAGGGAAUCCAGGGCUUUGGUGAUGAUAUCCCUGGAAUGGAGGGUUUAGGCACUGACAUCACAGUCAUCUGCCCCUGGGAGGCCUUCAACCACCUGGAGCUUAGCGAGCUGGCCAAGUAUGGUAUCAUCUAAGUCCUUCAGACCUUCACCAUCCAUUCCACAAUCCUCUACUUCCACCUCCAUCUACUUCAAACCAAAGAUUGUGAAUAAAUGAAUAUAGUUCACUGAAGUCUUUUACCAUUGUAAAAAAUAUUCAAUGUUCCCGUCUGUGUAAGUGGGUGUUUCCUCUCUCGCAUGAGCAUUCUUUCCCGCGUGAGCUCACAGUUCCUCUAUAUUAUCUGGCAUGUUCACGUGAGAGAGAGGAAACAGCUGGCUCUAGUCUAGUUAUUGUCCCUGAGCCAGAGAGAUGUCUUGCUCUGGGGCACCCCCUCCGCAGGGUAGGGGCAAUAACUAGACCAGAGUGGCCCCACCCAGAUCAGAAAAAAUGAUGGAGUGGGAUGUGUCGCUUUCUCUACCGUCUAUCUUCAAACCAUCCAUCUGCCCCCAGCCCUCUCACUGUGUUUGACUGGAACUAUCAAACAUAUAUCAAAGCGAAGAA